CAUCCAACGGCAUUCCAAUCACCGCGUUGCAGACAAUCGCAUUUGGGUUGCGCAAGAGUGGAAUAAUGAUUUAGCGCGGCGAAAUUUCGCAAAAGGGGGAAAGAGAGAGAGAGCGAGCGAGGGACCGGAGCGAGAUGGGCACGAGUUGGGGUUGAGCGAGGCGAGAAGAGCGAGGCGAGAGGUAAGAGAGGUAAGAGAGGGGCGAGAGAGAGAGAGAGAGGAGAGAAGGAGGAGGAGUGGAGGAGAGCGCGCACACGGAGGCCACUUGACAUUUAUCAUCCGCACGUUUCCUUAUCCGGGCUCCCCGGACGCGCUCCCAUUGGCUGCGCGCGUCACAUGCGCCGCUGCUAAAAUAUACAACGAUCGCUUUUUGGAGGUGGGCUUCCCCGCGACAGCAAAAACGACAGCGGCAGGAAAUAUAGCAUCUCCGAAAGAACCCCCCCGCGAAAGAAAUUAAUGGCCAUGAGUUCAUAUUUGAUCAACUCCAACUACGUGGACCCCAAGUUCCCGCCGUGCGAGGAGUACUCGCAGGGCGACUACAUCCCAGAGCCGAGUCCCGAGUACUACGGGCAGCCGCGAGACCCGGGCUACCGGCAACCCCCAGAGCCCGUCUGCCCGCAGCACGCGGACUACCCCGAGCAGCCCUACCACUGCGGUGAGCCCGAACCGGAGGGACUCGUGGCCCAGGCGGGGAGGCACGGCGUGGUGCCUCCCGUUCCGCAACAACCACCACCGCCACCGCCGCCGCCUCCUCCGCCUCCUCACCCGAGCCACUUGCCCCGGGCAGCCCUCGAGGCGUGCGGCGCGGAGGCUGUGCCCGCGUGCACCCAGCAGCUGGGAGCCGUGCCCAACGGGUUGACUUGCGGCGUGAGUAGCGGCAAACACCACCAGCAGCUGCAGCUGCAGCAGGACCCGCAUCUUCAGCAGCAGCAGCAGCAGCAGCCGCCGGUCGUGUACCCGUGGAUGAAGAAGGUGCACGUGAACGCCGUCAACCCCAACUAUAUCGGCGGGGAGUCGAAGCGCUCCCGCACGGCCUACACGCGCCAGCAGGUGCUGGAGCUGGAGAAGGAGUUCCACUUCAACCGCUACCUCACCAGGAGACGGCGAAUCGAGAUCGCGCACUCGCUGUGCCUGAGCGAGCGCCAGAUCAAGAUCUGGUUCCAGAACCGGCGCAUGAAGUGGAAGAAGGACCACAAGUUACCCAACACCAAGAUUCGCUCCUCGGGUCCCGGUGGGGCUGUGCAGGCGAACGGUGGAGCGGCGGUGGUGAUGACUGCAGGAGGUGGUGGUGGUGGUGGAGGUGGUGGCAGCAGCAGCAGCAGCAGCAAUGGUAGUAGCAGCAGCAGCGGCGGCGGCGGCAAUGGGAAGGGCCACUGCGUGACCUCAGCUCCCACGAGCGGGGUGCUCACCAGCGCGUUAUGAGCCUCAAUGAGACGUACGGUCGGACUGGAGCGCACGUAUAUAUAUACACACACACAACUACACACUCAAGUACACACACACACACAAGUACACGGGGACACACACAAGUACACACACACACACAAGUACACACACACACAAGUACACACACAC